GAUAAGGUCAGAGGCAGGGAGAGAGGGGAAAGGCAGACCUUGUAGGACUUUGUGGGUUGCUAUAAGAAUUUAAUGGGUUAUUUCCUCUAGCCAAAUAUACAGAUGACCAAGAAAAAUAAGAGGUCAGAGAAGGGGAAAGAUAGUCCAGCCAAGGCAGGGAUAAAAAUAAGACAAGUGGUUGGAUGAAUAAUCAGUCAGGCUGUUUUUGGAGAAACUGUGCUAGACCCUGCUCAGCAGAGCUAAUUAUGUUGAUCUUUUAGCAAAUUUGCAUGUGGUGACUUGACUUUGAUAGCUUGAAAUUGGCCAUGGUGGGACUAUUUACAUCAUGAACAAUGGCAAAUGUUACAAAUCUAGGCGCUGAGCUGGUGUGAUUGCAUGCUGAUGAUGCUUCUGUCUAGAGUGGAGGAUGAGGAGGAGAAACUGCCUCAGACAUAUACCAAACUGCAGGAAGCCUGGGGAAUGACACAGCCUCCUAGACAGAAGCCUUUUGAAGGUUUGUAUUCUGGUCUUAGAAGAAAAAGAUUUCAGUAAUGCAAGAGAGUUUAAAGCCAUGGAGAAAGGCACAGGACAGAGAUCAUAGAUGAAAGAGUACAGGGAUACCAGGAGCCUGACAGUACAAAACAACUUGAGAGAGUAUUUUUCUAAAAGCUGCCAGUAAGUGCGUGGCUGCCUGGAUGCUCCUGGGAGAAUCUGGUUUUGCCUUGGCAAUCAGUUAGCUGCUCAGCUGCAAGCCCUUUCUUAUUCUCUUCAGCCAAGUGGAAACCCUGAAAGAACUGUGGUUUUGGAAACAAGCUGGAAUUCUUUCAAAUGUGUACCCUAGGAUACUUAAGAACUUAGAUUUAACUUCAUAGGGUGGUUUUCCAUAAAAAGCUCAUGUGCUCACAAGGUUAAAUUUCAGGAAAGUCCUCUGAUCCAACAUAAAGGCGGAGUGUAAAACGAAAACAAAAGUAGCCCGAGUUAGAAGAGUCAUUUGAUUUUUCCUCUCUGCACUCAAGACUGCUCCUCUCUGCCCACAGAAAACAGAUUGAGCCAUGGCUUUGGAGCAGAACCAACCAGUAGAUUACUACUAUGAGGAAAAUGAAAUGAACAGCACUCAUGACUACAGUCAGUAUGAAGUGAUCUGCAUAAAAGAAGAGGUCAGAAACUUUGCAAAAGUUUUCCUCCCUGCCUUCUUUGCAGUAGCUUUCAUCAUUGGACUUGCAGGCAACUCCGUAGUUGUGGCAAUUUAUGCCUAUUACAAGAAACAGAGAACCAAGUCAGAUGUGUACAUCCUGAAUUUGGGUGUGGCUGAUUUACUCCUUCUGUUCACUUUGCCUUUCUGGGCAGUUAAUGCUGCUCACGGGUGGGUCUUAGGGGAAAUGAUGUGCAAAAUAACUUCAGCGUUAUACACAAUAAACUUUGUCUCAGGAAUGCAGUUUCUGGCUUGUAUUAGCAUAGACAGAUAUUGGGCAGUAACUAAAGUCCCCAGCCAGUCAGGAGUAGGAAAACCUUGCUGGAUCAUUUGUUUCUGUGUUUGGAUGGCUGCCAUCUUGCUGAGUAUACCCCAGCUGGUUUUUUACACAGUAAAUGACAACAGCAGGUGCAUUCCCAUCUUUCCCCACCACCUAGGAACAUCAAUGAAAGCAUCCAUUCAAAUGCUGGAAAUCUGCAUCGGAUUUGUGGUUCCUUUUCUUUUUAUGGGGGUGUGCUACUUUAUUACAGCAAGGACACUCCUGAAGAUGCCCAAUAUUAAAAAAUCUCGACCCCUCAAAGUUCUGCUCACAGUGGUUAUAGUUUUCAUCGUCACCCAGCUACCUUAUAACAUUGUCAAGUUCUGCCGGGCCAUAGACAUCAUCUACUCCCUGAUCACUGACUGCGACAUGAGCAAACGCAUGGAUGUUGCCAUCCAAAUCACAGAGAGCAUCGCACUCUUUCACAGCUGCCUCAACCCAGUCCUGUAUGUGUUCAUGGGAGCCUCUUUUAAAAACUAUAUUAUGAAAGUGGCCAAGAAAUAUGGAUCCUGGAGAAGACAUAGACAAAAUGUGGAGGAGAUACCUUUUGAUUCAGAGGGUCCGACAGAGCCAACAAGUUCUUUUACCAUUUAAAUGUAAAACUGCUCUGUCUUUUGCUUGGAUGAUGCUUCUUCUUCAGGUAAAACAUCUGCAUUAAUCUGAAACUCAGAUAUCAAGCACUAUUUUUUUGUAAUUUAUCACAAAGAAGCUGCGAGGAGAGUGAGGACAGAAGUCAAGAAGAGGGAACAAUAAAUGUAUAAAACAAAAAAAUUGAAACAACAAUAUAGGAAAGUAUUAGGAACAGGCAUAAAUAAAAGUACUACGCUAUCAAGAGGAAGAUCUCUGUGGGUGAAGGAAUAGUUCGUAUCUUGAUUACAGCAGUGGUUAUACAAAUUGACACAUGUGGUAUAAUGUUACAGAAUUCUCCAAAUAAUUUCAAUUCCUGGUUUUGAUACGCGGCCUUAAUUAUGUCAGAUAAACCAUCAGGCUCAUCAAUGGAUGAAAGAUACCUGGGAUCAUUCUGUACUAUCUUGAUAACUUCCUGUGAAUUUAUAAUAAUUUCACAACAAAGUAAUUUUUUUAAAAAUGCUGUAGGUUAGGCAAUCUAAAACCUAUUCAUAAAUGUGCUUAUAUUAUUAUAAUAUUAAGAGGCAUUUAUAA